GCUAACAACAACAAUAAAACAAUGGCUGUUUAAGAAAAACAGGCUGAAAACGGUGGAGACGAGUUUCAUUCAGUGGUGGGAAGUAGUUCAGAUAACACAUUAAAUAUGGCCAAGUGUUUUCUUGUCACAGCUCUGCUUUUAGAUUUUGUAUUGUCAAAGGAAAAACAUUUUCACAAUAAUAUGAAGAAAAACAAAAUUUUCGACAUGAGCACAAACAAUGUUUUCGAAAGGGACAACAAUAUCGACAACACCGACAAAAGUAUCGAUAGGAUUAAGAAAAAUAUCGAGAAUGUCGAUAACAAUGUGGACAACAAUAUCGACAACGAUAUCGACAGUCACCUUCACCACCCUAACUUCCACUGGAGAUAUAAUGUGGAAUACGAAUGGCCGGGCCGCAUGUGCCGUCACGGGAUGGGUGGCCGACAGUCUCCCAUAGACAUCGUGACGGCGAAUUUAGUAAGGGACUCUGCGCACGAGUUUAUCAAGUACGGCCCGCUGAAAUUUAAGGCGUAUGACAAUGUGCUGGUCUCUGCUAUCAAUAAUGGACACACAUUGCAGUUCAGCACGGAAGGUGACCCGGCCAUGCACCCCACGCUGACUGGGGGUCCUCUGAAGCAUCAGUACCGACUGGAGCAGCUCCACUUCCACUGGCUCUCGGAACAUGCCGUCAAUGGACAGAAGUACCCGAUGGAACUUCACUUUGUGCACGUGAGGUCUGACUUGGACGUGGAACGAGCGCUCAAAGAGGCGGACGGGUUAGCCAUCAUAGCCGUCUUUUGUAAUGUAUUAUCACAGUUCGCAGACAGGAAGAACGCGGUGGACGAUGACCUGAUGCAGCACAUACCCAGCCUGAUCAACGAGGGUUCCAGGAUAAGCGGCGUCGUCAUGGAUUUGAACAAACUCCUGAGCUCGGACAAAACCUCUUACUACACGUACGCGGGCUCUCUCACCACGCCGCAGUGCAAUGAGGCAGUCAUCUGGAUCCUGUUCGAGAUGCCAAUUUACAUGACAGAUGAGCAAUACCGGUUUUUCGGCAAAACGGGCAUCGGCUACAACAACUUUAGGAGCAUACAGCCGCUUGACAAACAUAUAGUAUACGCCACGACGGGAGACAAGGACAACUUGUAUACUCCUGCUAUCGUAAAGGCCAUGAGUCACUUCGCACAAACCAUCAAACAGUUCUUCAUGAAUAUUACUUCAUUUUUAUCACGCGGCCUGAAGGAGAAAGACUCUUCCUACUCCACUUAUUCAUAGAAUAUAUAUUUUUUUCGCAGCAUCUUGAAAAGCUACCUACCUCUUUUCAUUAAGUUUAAAAAUGUAUGCAAAUUAAGCUUCUACACGAGGCUUCUUCGUGAUAAUUAACGCCCUUUACCAGUUAAACUCCCUUCUAUAAUUGUUCCCUGUCUAAUCAAGCUACCGCCGAUAUGCUUAUGGACCCAGGAUUUCGAUGUUUCUCUCUCCAAUUUUACAAAAAGGAUGUCAACUUUAAUAUUGUAUCUGAACGCCACAUCUCACAUCUGUCUGAACGCUAAAUUGAAACGAGAAAUAAGCUAUUGAUAAUGCAGCUAAAUUUUGAAGUGAGAAAAUCAGUGAGAAACAUUAAAGUGGCAGGCACCGUAGCAUGGCUCGCGCGAUGGCUUUUUUAACGCGCGCUUAAAUACCACUCUGUCGUUUUACCUCACAAUAAAAAGCGAUACAGCGAUAAGUUUUUCGCACGAUAAUAACGGCGUCGCGGAGACUGACCACUUUUUUUAGCAUGUGGAUAUUUCUUUCUUUAAACUGUGUUUUUUUCCCAAAGCAUUUAGAUUAUUUCUAAAUUCUGUAUAUUGUGUAAUUUAAGUAUUAAAUUGUAAGAUAAAAUAAUUAUCCCAUUGUAAAUAUGUCAAUAGAAUUAAUUAUAAUAAUUAGAACUGUAUAUUUCGUUAUUUUUUAAAUAAUUUAUGGAACAGGUUGUGAUUUUUUACGAUUUUAUUUUGAUGAUUUUAUAUAAGACAGAACUAUCAAAUCCUUGGAUUCAAAUAAAAUAUUUUAUUCAUUUUUAUGUGAAUAAUUGUCAUAUCUUUUAGUGUCACAACAUUGGUUGACGUUGAAUACAUUAAUAAAAACUAAAUUUACUAUCGCUUAUAUGACGUAUGUAUGUAUGUAUGUUUACUGUCGCUUCCAAAUGUCUGUAUUCUUAAGAUAAUUUAUAGAUAGCAAUAGAGUAAUAAGCUCUAAUUAAUAAUUCUA